AAUGCGUUCUAAUAUUUAUUUAACUAAUUACCAAUUGAUAAAAGACUUGACCUUAAGUGCAUUUAGUAUUCAGUAACAGUUUUACACAAGUUCAGUGCAAAUUUGAAAUGUCCCUUUAAACCACAGGCAGGUAAAUAUCCACACAUAUUGCAAAUAAUGUAAACCAAUUAUGGGCAAAUCCAAAUCCACCAAUGAAGAUCCGAAAUUAAAACAUCUAACCAAUCUGGAAAUUGUUUUGAGCAGUUUAUCUGCUGGUGCUUUAGCCGGAGCAAUAGCUAAAACUACUAUUGCACCUUUGGAUAGAACUAAAAUUAAUUUCCAAAUAAGUGAUAAAACAUAUUCGACAAAAAAAGCCUUCAAAUUCCUACUAGAAACCCUCAGAAAACAAGGUUUUUUCGCACUAUGGCGAGGCAACAGUGCUACAAUGGCACGAAUAGUGCCUUAUUCGGCUAUACAGUUUACGGCGCACGAACAAUGGAAACGGGUAUUGAGAGUUGACCAACACAAUAAUGGGUCCCACCAAAGACGAUUUUUUGCCGGUUCUUUGGCAGGAAUGACGUCACAAGCGAUGACGUAUCCUUUCGAUUUAGCUAGAGCUCGAAUGGCUGUGACACAUAAAUUAGAAUAUGCAACUUUGAGAGAGGUCUUCCAAAAAAUAUACUCCCUAGAAGGUGUCAGUGCCUUCUGGAGAGGCUUCAUACCUACAAUGGCUGGUGUCAGUCUUUAUGCUGGCAUGUCGUUUUUCACUUAUGACACAUUAAAAAUGCUUUACAGAGAGCAUAUAAAUAAUGCCUAUAUGAUCCAUCCAAUGGCUUCAAUGCUAUCCGGAGCCAUUGCCGGAGUACUAGGACAAAGCACAAGCUACCCAUUGGACAUAGUUAGAAGAAGGAUGCAAACUGAUACAACUGGAAAAUACCCAAACAUGCACCAAACAAUUUUAUAUGUUUAUAGGACUGAGGGAAUAAGGAAGGGCUUUUACAAAGGACUAACUAUGAAUUGGAUUAAAGGACCAAUAGCGGUGGGGAUUAGUUACUCGACUUACGAUAAUAUCAGGGACAUGAUUAGGACUUCUUUGGUUAAAAUACGCAGGAAUUCUUUGGUAUAAUUGAAUACAGGAUUACGGGCUAGAUGUUACACCAAGUGCAAUUGACAAUAAUAAUUAUUUGUUAAGUUUGAAAAUGCUUAUUAGUCAACGUUAGUCAAUAUUUAUACAAAAAGUGCGCUUUUUUUAUUAAAUGUUAAUGUAGUUUUAUAAAACAAAAUGUCUCAUUGUUGUAAAUAAUUGUAGUAGCGAAAAUAUAUUUUACUGUUUUAAUUU